GGCGGCGGGGCCGGGAUGCACCGGCGGGGGGUGGGGGCGGGGGCGAUCGCCAGGAAAAAACUGACGGAGGCCAAGUACAAGGAGCGAGGGACGGUUCUGGCUGAGGAUCAGCUGGCACAGAUGUCCAAGCAGCUGGAGACGUUCCGCUCGCACCUGGAGGCGUUUGCCAGCAAGCACAAGCAGGAGAUCAGGAAGAGCCCGGAGUUCCGGCUGCAGUUCCAGGACAUGUGCGCCACCAUCGGCGUGGACCCGCUGGCCUCUGGAAAAGGGUUCUGGGCAGAGAUGUUGGGAGUUGGAGAUUUCUACUACGAGCUGGGGGUGCAGAUCAUCGAGGUGUGCCUGGCGCUGAAACACCGCAACGGAGGCCUGAUCACGCUGGAGGAGCUGCAGCAGCAGGUGCUGAAGGGAAGAGGGAAAUUCGCCCAGGACGUGAGUCAGGAUGAUCUGCUCCGGGCCAUCAAGAAGCUGAAGGUUUUGGGGAGCGGGUUUGGGAUCAUCCCCGUGGGGGGAACGUUCCUGGUGCAGUCGGUGCCGGCGGAGCUGAACAUGGAUCACACGGUGGUGCUGCAGCUGGCUGAGAAAAAAGGGUUUGUGACAGUCAGUGAGAUCCGGAGCAGCCUCAAGUGGGAGACGGAGAGAGCGAAGCAGGUGCUGGAUCACCUGCUGAAGGAGGGCAUGGCCUGGCUGGACGCUCAGGCUCCGGCCGAGCCCCAGUUCUGGCUCCCCGCGCUCUUCUCGGAGCUGCACGGACACGACGGAGCCGCGGGGGAGGCGGAGAGCUGAGCGGGAACCACCGGGAAUCACCGGGAACGGGGCGGGAAUCACCGGGAACGGGGCGGGAAUCACCGGGAAUCACCGGGAACGGGGCGGGAAUCACCGGGAACCACUGGGAACGGGGCGGGAAUCACCGGGAAUCACCGGGAAUCACCGGGAACGGGGCCGGAAUCACCGGGAAUCACCGGGAACGGGGCCGGAAUCACCGGGAACGGGGCGGGAAUCAUCAGGAACGGGGCGGGAAUCACCGGGAAUCACCGGGAAUGGGGCCGGAAUCACCGGGAAUCACCGGGAACGGGGCGGGAAUCACCGGGAAUCACCGGGAACGGGGCGGGAAUCACCGGGAACGGGGCGGGAAUCACCGGGAAUCACCUGGAAUGGGGCCGGAAUCACUGGGAACGGGGCGGGAAUCACGGGGAACGGGGCCGGAAUCACCGGGAAUCAUCGGGAACGGGGCGGGAAUCACCGGGAAUGAGAGAGGGAAUCCUCGGGAAUGGGGGUGGGAAUCCUCCUGGAAUCCCUGGGAAUGCUGAGCCCUGAGUGCCCUGAACAGCAGGAAUGAAGGCGGGAAUCUUUGGGAAUCCCAACUAAAAUCCCUGCUGGAAUUCCUCCUGGGAUCUUCAGGAAUCCUGGCUGGAGUUCUCAGGAAUCCCUGGUGGAAUCCCCCCUGGAACCCCCAGGAAUUCUCCCUGGAAUCACCAGGAAUCCCAGCUAGAAUCCCUGCUGGAAUCCUGGCUGGAAUUCCCCCAGGAAUCCCUCCUGAAACCCCCAGGAAUCCUCAGGAAUCCUGGCUGGAAUUCCCUCUGGAACCCCCAGGAAUUCUCCCUGGAAUUCCCUCUGGAACCCCAGGAAUGCCAGCAGGAAUCCCCAAGAAUCUCUGCUGGAAUCCUCAGGAAUCCUGGAUGGAAUUCUCAGGAAUCCUGGCUGAAAUUCCCCCUGGGAUCCUCAGGAAUCCCUCUCAGAAUCCCAGGAAUACCAGUGGGAAUUUCCCCUGGAAUCCUCAGGAACCCCAGGAAUGCCAGCAGGAAUCCUCAGGAAUCUCUGCUGGAAUCCCUGCUGGAAUCCUCAGGAAUCCUGGCUGGAAUUCCCCCUGGAGUCCUCAGGAAUCCCUCCCAGGAUUUUGGGGAAUCCUGGCUGGAAUCCUCGGGAAUCCCUCCUGGAGCCCUCCAGAAUUCCCAGGAAUCCAGGCUGGAAUCCCUCCUGGAGCACUUGGGAAUCUUCAGGAAUCCCCCCUGGAAUCCUCAGGAAUCUCUCCUGGGAUUUUUGAGGGAUUCCCCCUGGAAUCCUUGGGAAUCCUUCCCAGGAUUUUUGGGAAUCCUGUUUGGAAUCCUGGGAAUCUCCCCUGGAAUCCUCAGGAAUCUCCCUCCUGGUAUUUUUGUGAAUCCCCCUUGGAAUAUUUGGGAAUCCCCCCUGGAAUCUUUGGGAAUCCGUUCCAGGAUUUUUGUGAAUCCCCCCUGGAGUCUUUGGGAAUCCCUCCUGGUAUUUUUUUGGGAAUCCCUCCUGGAAUCCCGGGGUUCCCUCCUGUCCCCACAACCCCAGGGACACCUGGAUUGGGAAUAAAAGUUUUAUAAAAAGUUCCUGAGCUCGGGAAGUUCCAUGGGAUGAAUCCCUGGAAAAUCUGUGGAAAAAUGAGGAAAAAUGAACUGAGGAUGCAAAUGGGAUUUUGGCUCUGGAAUUUUGGCUCCCAGCAAGGGGAAAACUGGGAAAAGCUGCCCCCAAAUAAAU